AUGGGGUGGACCCAUGAGUCCGGGCCCUCCUACGCGGUGGUGGCGCAGGUGGUGGUGGGUCAGGAAGAGAAUAGAGGCCGAAUGGGAGUCAUGGUACGUAGUGGUAAUAGGUGUAAUUCAGUGAAUUUGAAGGAUUGGACUGAGCAAAACCCCUGUGUAAUUGGUGAUAAGGUUUUGCAGAAAUGGGGCCCCAGUCUCCCCUUUCUCUUCAAGGUGCUUUCAGUGGCAAAGCCAUUGUCAACACUGGCUCAUCCACAUAAGCUUUUGGCUGAAGUUCUCCAUAAGCAACAGCCAGACAUAUAUAAGGAUGACAAUCACAAGCCUGAGAUAGCUUUGGCACUCACUGAGUUUGAGGCUUUAUGCGGGUUUAUCAGAAGGGGCAAGGGAUAG